CUAAACCUAAACCCAGAGAGAGUGUGCCAGAGUGGGCCUAUUUUCUCCUCACGGACUAACGGCGACGACUCCGAGGCUACAUACUAGUAAAUCAAACAACUUGGGUUUUAGUGCAAUAUAAAAUUAUUUUGGGCAUAAAUUGUAAUUAUGGAAACGUUUGGGCAUGAAUUGUUAUUACGGAAACUGUUGGGGAUAAAUUGAAAUUACGGAAACUUUGGGGGGCUUAAUUUGGCUUUUUGCUGGCACGGCAAUGGGAGGAGACGAAACCGAGAGAAACAAUGGGAGACGCUGCGAUCCGUACCGUCGUCGAAGCCAUUCACUCAUCUCCGACGCAGGCCGUCGUCUAUCUUUGCGGCGGUGCCUCUCUGGCUUUAGGUUGGUUGAUGUCGGUUCCUGGAGCGUCGAACACGCUUCUCGAGUCCGUGGUUCCUUAUUCGAGAGUAUCUAUGGUUCAAUUACUCGGCAGGGUUCCGAGCCAACACUGUAGCCAAGCAUUGGCCAAGGAGAUGGCCUUGUUAGCCUACAAUCGGGCGCUUAAGCUCUCUAAACCAGGAUAUCCGGUUCUCGGUGUCGGGUUUACGGGAUCAUUGGUAACUUCUCGUCCUAAGCGUGGAGAUCACAGGUUCUUUUUGUCUAUGAGAGCAUCCGACCGGAUUUUGGAAUCUUCAGUCACUCUAACUAAGAACUUACGGAGCCGAGAAGAAGAAGAUAAGGUGUCAAGCUGUGCACUGAUCCAGGCUAUGGCCAAGGCAUGCCAAGUUUCUGGGACACUUGACUCUGGCUUGACCGAGUCUGAGGUGCCUUAUGAGUCUGAAACCCACUUUACUGAAGAACAAGAACUAGAGCAGCUUAUAAAUGGGCACUUGUGCUGUAAGAUUUAUCCAUUUUCUGGGGAAGCACACGGGUCUGAUGAAGACAGAAAGAUUAUACUACCUGGCUCUUUUAACCCAUUACAUGAAGGUCAUCUCAAGCUGUUAGAAGUUGCUAUGAGUGUUUGUGGGGGCGGCUACCCAUGUUUUGAAAUAUCCGCAAUAAAUGCCGACAAACCACCGCUUACAAUUGCACAGAUUAAAGAUCGUGUCAAGCAAUUUGAAGUAGUUGGAAAGACGAUAAUAGUUUCAAAUCAGCCAUACUUCUACAAGAAAGCUGAACUCUUCCCAGGAAGCAGUUUUGUAAUUGGCGCUGACACUGCAGCGAGGCUUGUCAAUCCAAAGUACUAUGAAGGAAGCAUCAAAAGGAUGUUGGAGAUACUUGGUGAUUGCAAACGGACAGGUUGCACUUUCCUUGUUGGUGGCCGCAAUGUAGAUGGUGUAUUUAAGGUUCUUGAAGAUGUUGAUAUUCCAGAGGAAAUAAUCGACAUGUUUAUUUCAAUUCCAGCAGAUAUAUUCCGGAUGGAUAUAUCCUCUACAGAGAUAAGAAAAAAACAAGGGGGUGGUACGAACUAAUGACUUCUCAACCCGCUUGAAAGUCUUGGCUCGCAAGACAAUUUAUUUAGUGCAGUUACUUUUUGAUUUGAUAUGUAUUGUGUUGCAUUCUGUUCUUAUUAUGGAAUCCGGAUCAAUGGUAUGAGCAUUUGCACAUGACAUCGAAAGAGCAUUGCAGAGUUGCAUGGGAAACGUUUAAAGAGUGCGAAUAUUUGUGAAUUGUGACAGAGAAGCCUUGUUAAAUAUUUAUGAAUGUGAGCUGAUUAGAAUCUGUAAUCAUAUUACCAGGGCUCUACCUAUAAGUAGGGUUAGUGAAAAUCUUGUAAUAGUAGUACCGAAUGAUCAAAUUGUGCUGGUUAUUUCACAGGUCUCUGCAAAUAUAACAGUUUAAGCUUCAUGUACGAAAAUGCUAUCAGCGC